ACGCCCCCCGCCGCCGCCAAUGGCGCCGGCACAAAGUGACCUUGGCCGCGCCCCGCCCCUUCCGCCGCCCGGCCCCGCCGCGCCUGCGCACAGCCGGCCCUGUCCGCCCGCCCGUCGGCCCGAGCGCGGCACCGCAGCGAGACGCCGGAUCGUGAGCCCCGGGACGCCGCCCGCUAAGAUGUUCGCUUGCGCCAAGCUCGCCACUUCGCCCUCCCUGAUCCGUGCUGGAUCAAGAGUCUUGUACAGACCAAUUUCGGCGUCUGUGUUGUCUAGGCCAGAGGUCAAGAAUGGAGAGGGCAAGUCAACAGUUAAUGGGGCCCAAAAUACUGUCUCCCAAGUAGCACUUAGAGAAUUCCAGACAAGUGCUAUCAGCAGGGACAUUGACACUGCUGCCAAAUUCAUUGGUGCUGGUGCAGCCACAGUGGGUGUGGCUGGUUCUGGUGCUGGUAUUGGAACAGUCUUCGGUAGUCUAAUCAUUGGUUAUGCCAGAAAUCCUUCUCUGAAGCAGCAGCUGUUCUCAUAUGCUAUCCUGGGAUUCGCCCUGUCUGAAGCUAUGGGUCUCUUCUGUCUGAUGGUUGCUUUCUUGAUCCUGUUUGCCAUGUGAAUGGAGAUCUGCCUGUAAUAUUGGCAUUGGAAUGUAACUGCAUUUUAUGGGACUCCCAAAAUGUUGGUGUCAUGGAAAUUGAUGCUAUUUCCAAAGUCAUUUCAUUAAAGAUAACAACUUUAACUGUCAA